AUGGCGUUGCAGCGGUGCGAGCUGCUGGGGCCCGAGCCCGGGUUGCUUAGCCCUGCGCAGUUGGAGCAGCUGCGCAACUUCAAGAUUCAGACUCGGAUUGCUAACGAAAAAUACCUAAGGAUCCACAAAGAGGUGGAGCUGCUUCUAAGUGGUUUCUUCAGAGAAAUGUUUUUGAAAAGACCAGACAACAUCCAAGAAUUUGCUGCAGACUAUUUCACGGAUCCAGAACUUCCCAACAAGAUUCACAUGCAGCUAAUUAAGGAAAAGAAAGCAACUUAA